UAAGGGUUUGUAAUUGACUCAGCCAUACAUAUGCCCGUUAAGGGUGGGACUUGUAAUUAUUACCAUCACUACGUGACUAGGACCCCCUUUCCUUUGUUCUUCUCUGUGGACCUUGUGGUCUACAUUCAUGUCUUCAGAGUAUCCCUCCCAUCUUCAUGUCUCUUUCGCACCAAAUGCAACCUCGUUCAAGCGGACGUUCGAACAGUUUGGCUACGAUUCAGGCUCUCCAAUGACUAGCGCUCUCCAAGCCAGCGGGAGUGGCACAGCAACCCAUAAUCUUCCGACAAGUUCCAGUGGCAGCAGUAGUGGCAAUGAAAGAAACAAGAGGGCAAGGAGUACCAGCAGCUCCUCUGUCAGCAAUCGUUCUGCAGACUCUUCCAGAUCCUCCGAGUACGUUUCUGCGCGAUCGAGCGCCUCGCUGAGCGAGGGCUCGACUACCAACGACCAUAACCUUUCUCUUGACCAGAACAGGAGAUCCACAGCUUAUCCAUCUCCCGCCGUUGUCUCUACUUCGAGUACUUUGGUCUCACCAACGUCUGUGCUACCGAGUACCGUGGUCGAACCUCAGGAUGAGGACAUGUCAGAUAGCUCCGGUUUUUCCUUGGACAUCCCACGUCCCGCGCCUCCGCCAGAAGUAGCGUCUUCUACUGUACAUGACGCUCUUAGAAACUCCAUAGAACGUUUCAACGAAUUUGAUAGUCACAUUGCAGCCCUCCGGCGUUCGCACUCACGUACUCCAUCUUGGCACCCUACCGCAUCUCCCGUUCUGUCCCCACGCGAAUCCUCAAAUGAUACUACCGAAACAUUUGAUAACUGGGACUGGACUCGGUUUGGAGCUUCACCGGGCUCAUCACACACAUCUGGGGAGGAUCGCCGAGGUCAAUAUUUCACUGAUGCAACUACUUCAAUUGGAUCUGGGAGCACACACACUGCGGUUCCCAGACGGGCCGACUCGUUAUCUUUCCAAGCACCAGAUGGCUUAUCAUCACGUCCCGGCUAUCCUACAUCAUCAAGUGAUACCUCCCAUUCUUACACGUUCAUCGAACACCUCUCCUCAUCCGUCAUACCGCCCAUCCCCAUCAAUCUCUUCAUCAGCGAGGGCGAACGCAUCUAUCCGAGAAUCUGACGAGUUUCCCAGGGGAUCACUCGCCUCCAUAUCGUCAGUCGUGCAAACUGAAAGAAACAAUACUGACACCUUAAAUGGACCCGACGACAGUCAAGGUGUCCAUCAUGGGUCAAGUUCUGGGCCAUCAAAUUUGCCAUGGGCUGUUCUUGCCUCUUCCCGUCCUUCACCACCCGUUGCAUCGUCGCCAGAUGUAGUCAACAGGCAACGUGUCAAUCGUGUACCAAGCUCUGGCUCAUCCAAUUU